UUUUUUUUUGUUUCUUCUUCCGUUAUUCCUUGUUCUUUUUUAUUUUUAUUUUUAUUUUUAUUUUUAUUUUUUAUAUUUUUAUUUUUUAUAUUUUUAUUUCUAUUAUUAUAGCUAUUCAAAAACUCUUUUCUUAACUCAUGGAGGCAGAACAAUUGAUUAUUGAAGAUGAAUUACUUGAAUUGAUGGGCAUAAAUGAACAAGACAUUAUCCAACCGCGAAGCGACUAUGAAGGCAUGUCUGUUAUUGACAUUAUCACAUACAAAAAACGGUGGAAACGACAGCAAACUCUAUUACAGCGUGCACAACGGCAGCAAAUUCAACUUGGUGAGGCUGACAAUGACGACGAUAGCGAAGAAGACGAACCUGGUGACGAUGAAUCUGUGUCAACUCGUGGAUCUUCCUCCAAGCAGCUGGCUGGUAGCAAGCGUAAAAGAAAACAAGGUGGUGUGGAAAAGGCGUUGAAGCGUCGUGGUCAACAACAGCGAAAAGUUAUGGGACAAAAAAAAUCAAUCAAACCUUGCCAAGAAUGCCUUAGAAAUGAUCGUUUUGACACGGCGUAUACUCAUAGUCGAACAACAAGUCGUCUCUGUCCAUUCCAUGGUGCGACACGAUUACAACUAGUACAGCAACGAGUGGGUAGAACCAGCACCGUCUGUCGAAAAAUUGGAUUGAAAACGAUAUUGAAUGUAGAUGUUUCUGACCAGCAACGUGUUUUGGAUGGGAUCAAUGAUGUGGUCUCCUAUGUACGCAAUAUUAUAAUCAAGUCACACCUGUUCAUUACCUUCUAUGUUUACAACUGUUUGACGAAUCACACACCGAUCACGAAACAACUCUUCACCAAGAGCUUUUUUUACGCAGUUUUUCAGCAAAUUAGUGGGGCCACCAUCACUGUGAACAACACCAUUGACCAAAGAUUAGCAUUGGCUAUACGGGACAGCUACCACCAACUCAAUCAAACACCAGCUCGUAUAGAAUCAUUUGGCGAACAGCAAAUACAUGGAAAGCGAUACUCAGACGUUGUCUCAUCAGCCAUGGAUCAUUAUGUAACAUCAUUCACGAAUCGAAUUGUCGAAGAUAUUACUCAGUGGAUGGCAAAUUUGUACUCACUUCGCGUAAGUGAAUUAAAUCAUCAACACCAACAACAACAACAACAGCAGCAGCAGCAGCAAUCUCUCGCGCAGCAGCAACAGCUAAUUGGGCAGCAGCAACAGCUAGUUGAACAGCAGCAACAGUUACUCGAACAACAACAACAACAGCAGCAGCAGCUAUUUCAACGACAGCGGCAGUUAUUCGAACAGCAACGUCAGUCACUUGAACAGCAACAGCAACAACAGCUAGUGGAGGAACAUCAGCAGCUAGUCGAACAACAACAGCAUCUACUUGAACGGCGGCGUCAGAUAUUAGUACAGCAAGGACAGUUACUUCAACAUCAACAACAGGAACAACAAGAUAACCUAUCAGAACCACGCCAACGGCAAAAUGUAAGUGAUACAAUCAAAGUCUUAAGAAAAGGAAUAGUCGUCUCACACGCAAUCGUAUGCUUCAUUCAUAGGUAUUGACGGAAAAGGACUUCAACAAGCUCGGUCUUCAUAUUCUUGCAAGUGCCAUCAACAAUGCAGAUAUACGACCUGUUUCAGCAACUGAUCUAUCUGGACCAAAUGUCACGGAACAACUAAAAAAUGAUGUCGCUACCGUUUUGAA